AUGACCACCGCAACGUAUACGCUUUCCUCAUUCGAGAAGCCCUCGGUCGUCCACGAGGAGAUCUAUGAACCACACGAUCGGUACAUCGUGCCCGAUCCUACUCGACGAUCUUCGUCCACCCAGCGUGCACUGUUGCUGCAGGCAGCGCGCGAGCAGUACACCCUGGUGCACGAUCAUGCCAUUCCAGACCCAGCCCGGGGGGAGGUUCUCGUCAAGAUUGUGGCGAUCGGAUUGAACCCCGUCGAUUGGAAGGGCCCGGCUUUCAACUUUGGCAUCCCCCGUCUCCCUUGGAUCAACGGGCGCGAUCUCGCCGGUGUCGUUGUCUCCCCCACAGACGAGUCAUCUCGCGUACAGCGAGGCGACCUGGUGCUAGUCCCCUCCACCGACUACCGAGACAUUCGGAAGGCAGCCUUCCAAGAAUACGCCAUUGCGACAGCCUACAAUGCCGCCCGCAUCCCCUCCUCGCAGUGCGUCUACGCGUCGGCCUCCCUAGGCGUGGCCUUUGUGGCCUCCGUCCUCGCUCUCGGUGUCUCUUUCGGCAUCGAUUUCUCGAAGAACUUCACCGGCCAGGGCCCCGACCUGGUCCGCACCAUCCGCGGUCUAAACCGCGACAACAUCCCCGCUGACAUCCUCGACGAAACCUUCUCCUGUACUUUGCCCAGUGCGGACCGCGCCCAACCUGGUGACUGGCUCGCCAUCUGGGGUGCAUCCACCACCACCGGCUACAUCACCCUCCAACUAGCCAAGCUCGCGGGCCUACACGUCAUCUGCGUAGCCGAUGUCGCCGCCCACGGGCGCAAACUCCACGGCGCAGGCGCCGACAUUCUCAUCGACCGACGGGACCCAGAGCGGGCCGUCGAAAUCAUCCGGGGCGUGACAGGCGGGCGGCUACGGUACGCGAUCGACUUCGUCGGGCGCGAGACCGCCACGCUGCUCGAGCGGACACUGGACGGGACGAACGGGGACGCGAAAGCGCACCUACUUGGCCUGACGGGACUACCUAAGGAGCGGCAGCCGGGGAUUGCCUACCAUACUGUGCCCAUCAAACUGUUCCAUCUGUCUCCCGAGGUUGGGGAGAGUAUGGUCGUGUGGCUGGAGAGUCUGCUGCGGGAUGGGACGUUGCGGUUGCCGGAGAUUGUGCGGUCGCCUGGGGGGUUAGGCAGUGUAAAUACUUCCUUGGAGAUGUUGAAGGAUGGGACGGCGUCCGGGAAGAGGGUGGUUGUUGAUUUGCAGUGA